UUCGCACUCUCCUCGCUCUUCGCUUUGAUCGAGAUCGCGAGCUCGAGAGAGGAACAGCAAGGUGCUCCAAUGGAGUCCGGAGGGAAGCUCAAGAAGGGCGCCGGCGGCCGGAAGGGCGGUGGUCCGAGGAAGAAGCCCACCUCCAGGUCCGUCAAGGCCGGGCUCCAGUUCCCGGUGGGGCGUAUCGGGCGGUAUCUGAAGAAAGGCCGUUACUCUCAGCGCGUCGGCACCGGAGCCCCUGUUUACCUCGCCGCCGUCCUUGAAUACCUCGCCGCUGAGGUGUUGGAGUUGGCUGGGAAUGCGGCUAGGGAUAACAAGAAGAAUCGGAUAAUCCCUAGGCAUGUGUUGCUGGCGGUGAGGAAUGAUGAGGAGUUGGGGAAGCUCUUGGCCGGAGUGACCAUCGCGCAUGGUGGUGUUCUGCCGAAUAUCAACCCUGUGCUGCUGCCGAAGAAGUCAGCGGCGGCUGCGAAGGAGCCAAAGUCGCCAUCGAAGGCGACCAAAUCUCCGAAGAAGGCUUGACGUGGCGAUCUUCUCUGGGGUAUCAUCGUAUUUCACUGUUGUUUCUUUCUGUACUUAUUAGUUUUAUGGUGCUAGUUUUGUGUACUUUCUCUUGCUUGGAGUGUUAAUGAGAUGUGGUUUUCAUUAGAAAUUAUUGGAAAGUUGUUUGCUUUGAUGUGCUUUUACUAUAAUACUAUUGUGAAAACUGGAAUUUCAAGUUGUGAGCUUUGAUUCUCAUGAUUUGAAGACUAAAAUUUAAAAUAGUUGGUGUUGAAUGAAAGGUUUAUGAGCAUUUCUUAGUGACCA